AUGGGCGUUGGAGCAACGCCGGAACGGGCGGAAAGCAUCGGAGAAAAAGUGACAAAUAGAGAGGAUCAACGCUGGGGUGCGCGCGACGGGCCUCUCUUCGUCCGUCCCUUCGUCCGUCCGUCCGAACGAAUUCCACUUCGGGACGGAUACUUGAGCGACGAGGAAUGCGGUGAUGCUGAUGCUGAUGCUGCUAUGGAUGCUGUAUGGGAAGCGGAACACGUUCGUGGAUCAUCGAAUUGUACGCUGAAGAACGCUGUUACGAUCAUGUACAUAAAAAAUUCCAAUGGAUGA